AUGGAGUUUCAGCCACUCAAUUAUAGCACCCUAGAAGAUCUACCACUUAAAUACAGACAAAUUUUUCAAUCAUACUCUUCAUUUAAUUCCAUUCAGACUCAAACGCUUUCUCAUAUUUUUAACAAGAAAAAUUCUUUAGUUAUAACAGCUCCAACAGGUUCAGGAAAAACAGUCAUUUUAGAAUUAGCAAUUGUAAAGCUUUUGAUGAAUUUCGAAAAAACUAAUUUCAAUAAUGAUUUUAAAGUUGUUUAUGUGUGCCCCGUUAAAGCUUUGUGCAAUGAAAGAUUUAAUGAUUGGGAACCUAAAUUUCGUUGUUUGGGAAUUUCUUGCAUUGAAGUUACAGGUGAUGGAGGUGAUUAUUUUGAUCUUGUCGGUUAUAAUUUAAUAAUAACAACUCCUGAAAAAUGGGAUUCGCUAACUAGAAAGUGGAGAGACAAUGCAGGAUUGGUGCAGUUGGUAAAAUUAUUUCUAAUAGAUGAAGUUCAUUUGUUGGGAGAUUUUAAAAGAGGACCAGUUCUAGAAGCGAUUGUGUGCAGAAUGAAAACAGUAUCAAAAGUAUUAAAAUUGGAACCUGUGAGGUUUGUCGCAAUUUCUGCCACAAUUUAUAAUGUUGAAGAUUUAGCUUUGUGGUUGGGAUCGAAAGAUUCUCCAGCUGAUUUUUUUAAAUUUGGAAAUGAUGUCAGACCUGUUCAAUUGCAAAAAAUAGUCAAAGGCUAUUAUCAACCUCCCAAACAAAGUGACUUUUUAUUCGACAUACAACUUUCCUACAAGCUUAAAACCGUCAUCCUUGAUUAUUCCAAUGGGAAACCCAGUUUAGUGUUUUGCAGCACUCGGAAAAGCGUGCUUCAAACUGCAAAAAUUCUAUCAGAACAAUUAACUUUUCAUUUUACUCAAACUCAAUUGGAAAAUCUAAGCGAUGGAGCCGCUUUUAUAACCGACAAUAAAUUAAGAGAAUUAAUUUUGUGCGGUAUUGGAUACCAUCACGCGGGCGUGACCAGUGAGGAUAGACAUCACGUUCAAAAUUUGUUUGCGUCAGGAAGUUUACCGAUUUUAGUCGCUACAAGCACAUUGGCAAUGGGCGUCAAUCUACCAGCUCAUUUAGUAGUAAUAAAAUCUACAAAGCAAUACAAAGCAGGUCGAUUAGAAGAGUAUCCGGAAAGUUCUAUUCUUCAAAUGAUCGGAAGAGCCGGUCGACCUCAGUUCGACACAACCGCAAUAGCCAUAAUAAUGACAAAAAAUGAUACGGUCGGAAAAUAUGAAAAAAUGCUCGAGAGCAAAGAAGUUAUUGAAAGCAGUUUGCAUCUUCAUUUACCAGAAUAUCUAAAUUCGGAAAUCGUUUUGUACACGAUCACAGAUUUGAGCGUCGCCAUGGAAUGGAUUUGCAACACGUUCCUAUACGUUCGAGCCAUGAAAAAUCCAAAAUAUUACGGACUCGAUCCCAGCGGAAAUCGUUUUAAAAUUGAAAAAGGUUUAGAACUUAUGUGUUUAAAAGAAAUUAACGGUUUGAAAAAAGCGGAAUUAAUUGAAGUCAGCGAUAACGGAAUGGAUAUAUCUCCGACAGCUCACGGCAGGCUAAUGUCUCAUUUCUACUUGUCUUUCGAAACUUUUAAAAUUUUCCUUCAAAUAAAAGGAACGGAAACGAUGGACGAAAUACUUUCGUCGCUGUGCGAAGCUCACGAAUUUUGCGAAGUUCAAUUGCGUGUGAACGAAAGAAAAACAUUAAACGAAUUAAACAGGAAUAAAAAUCGGGAUCACAUUCGGUUUCCUAUGACGGGAAAGAUAAAGACGAGAGGAAUGAAAGUCAACUGCUUGAUACAGGCAUGUUUGGGAUGUUUGCACAUUCAGGAUCCGGCUUUGUAUCAGGAAUCCGUUCGUAUUGUGAAAAUAGCAGAACGUCUGGCCAAAUGCUUGUCCGAAUUUCUAUCGAAAAAACCUCAUCACAAAUCCAUCUUGAACACUACUAUCCUUGCGAAAUGCCUUCAUUCGAAACUGUGGGAAGAUUCGCCUUAUCUUUCACGACAAUUAGACAGAAUCGGUCCGACUUUAGGCACGCUGUUAGCGGCGUGCGGUAAGACGAGUUUUACGGUGAUAAAAAAUUCAAAUCCUAGAGAUUUAGAAGGAAUAAUAAAUCGAGCUCCGCCAUUUGGUAACCACUUGCAAGAAGCCGUAGAACAUCUUCCUAAGUAUGGACUAACCGCGAAUCUUAUGCAAUCAGGACCGAAUAAUGUACAUAGAGCAAACGUAAGAGUGACGCUUUUAAAUGCCGACGACAUCAGGAAAAAGAACACGGCGGGAGAACACCAUUGGGUUAUACUCAUAGUAGGCGACACUAACAACAACCUCCUCAGCUAUAAUAGAUUUACGGAUUUCGUUCUUCUUCAAAAAGACAUCGAAGUCGUGAUUCGUCUCACGUAUCCCGAUUUGCCUCAUAAGCUCAUCGCGAACGUCAUUAGCGAACAGUGGGUGGGUAUUGACGUGGCGACGGAAUUGAUAAUCGAUUCAUCCGCGGAAACCGUUCAAAUCUCUACCCCUGAUAAUACUCGAGUCAAAAAGAAAAAAAAAAUCGAACACGUUAAACUAAAUCAAACUCUACCGAACAAUUUUCAUUUCGGGAAAAAGUCCGAGGGAAACAAAGCGGAAGAAAUGAAUUCGAAAAAUGAAUUCGUUGCUUGUUUUGACGUGGACGUUGAAAUAAUAGAAAAACCGGCGGAAACGUUCCAAGAUGUCGAAAUGAUUCCGGAAAUUUCUCACUGCGACACGUUCAAAAGCCCUAAAUCGCAAGCCUACGGUAUCAUCCAAAAAGGAGAAGGAGAAGAAGAAGUUAAUCAUAUGAGAAAACCACUUUUGAGUCUCGAAAAUAUUUAUGAAUCAUUAGCUAAACAAAGAACGAACGAACGUGGCGGUAGUAGACGUGAAUAUCAAAAUUUUAACAACACAAAAUCUGGAUAUUUUUUUACCGGCGGCCCUUUGAAAAAGUGUUUCACGUGCGGGAAAGUCAUCGGAAACAAGUGGGAAGCCUACUUAGGAUUGUUGCAAGCAGAAUAUACAGAAGGGUAA